AUGCCCUACCGCCCGGAUCUGCUAGCCCCAUUCCUCGCUCUUCCCCAGGGAGACAAGUACCAGGCUGAGUACGUUUGGAUUGAUGGAGAUGGCGGUCUCCGUUGCAAGACCACAACCGUCACCAAGAAGGUGACCGACAUUGGCCAGCUUCGUAUCUGGGACUUCGACGGGUCCUCUACCAAUCAAGCCCCUGGAACGGACUCUGAUGUCUACCUCCGUCCUGCGGCAAUUUUCAAAGACCCUUUCCGCGGCGGUGACAACAUCCUCGUCCUGGCUGAGUGCUACAACAACGAUGGCACCCCUAAUAAGACGAACUACCGUCACCACGCCAAGAAGGUGAUGGACCUUGCUAAAGAUCAGGUCCCUUGGUUCGGUCUCGAGCAGGAAUACACCCUUUUUGACAUGGAUGGCACUCCCUUCGGCUGGCCCAAAGGUGGUUUCCCCGGUCCCCAGGGCCCUUAUUAUUGCGGCGCCGGUGCGGGCAAGGUUUUCGCUCGUGACCUCAUCGAGGCCCACUACCGCGCCUGUCUGUACGCGGGCGUGAACAUCUCCGGUAUCAACGCGGAGGUCAUGCCCUCCCAGUGGGAGUUCCAGGUUGGCCCGUGCGAGGGCAUUUCCAUGGGUGACCACCUAACGAUGGCGCGAUAUCUGCUCAUCCGCAUUGCCGAGCAAUGGGACAUCAAGGUGUCCUUCCACCCCAAGCCCCUCGCGGGUGACUGGAAUGGUGCGGGCUGCCACACGAAUUUCUCCACCAAGGCCAUGCGUGAGCCCGGAGGCAUGAAGUACAUCGAGGAUGCGAUCGAGAAGCUGAGCAAACGUCACUCGGAGCAUAUUGCUGUAUACGGCGAGGACAAUGAUCUCCGUCUCACUGGUCGUCACGAGACUGGCCACAUCGGCACUUUCACCUCUGGCGUUGCCAACCGUGGUGCAUCUAUCCGUAUCCCCAGACACGUCGGUGCACAAGGCUACGGUUACCUAGAGGACAGGCGCCCCGCUUCCAACAUUGACCCCUACAGGGUUACUGCCAUUAUUGUGGAGACCACCUGCCUCGACAAGUAG